AUGCAGGGAUGUGGUUUGCAAGAGGAAGUAAAACUGUUUGUUGACAUUGUUGUAAUGUGAUAUGUGUUAUUUUGGAAUGGCUUGUGAAGCAACAGAAGCACCUCUUGUUCUGUAAGUAAAACUAAUGUUAACCUGUGGGAUUUGUGUUUUUGCUGUUGAUUUUUGAUUGUACUGCUUUGUCCUAUGGGAUAUAUUUUGCUUCUGAAUAGAAGUUUGUGAUUCUUUCUCAACUCAUUUAUAACUCUUUUGUCAGCUGAGAUGUAUGUUUACAUAGUGAAGAUGAUGUGUGGUUGAGAGCGCACAGCUAAAAAUAUUGUAUUUUGUCAGUUUUCAUAUAGAGUGCUGUAGCCUAUCUUUUUAGCUCAUUCCCUGCCAGUGUUUUUUCGUUUCAGAAUGAUGAUAAAAAUAUACACUAGUAUUUACUGCAUUUGGACCUGUAUAUGCUGUACUGUUUAAAAGGUGGGUAACAGCGCCACCUACUGCAUAAUAGCGGAAACACAGAUUGCCGUAAAAUUUCUUUGGCUGACCCUUCGCCUGGAGUUUGAUUGACAGGCGACCGGACCAAUCAUAAUGCCGAAAUUAUGCCCCUCCCCGUUGCUAUUUGCCAUUUUGUGGUUAGAAGGGAUACAGCUACAGCCGGAAGUGAUGCAAAAUCUCGGCCUAAAAUUUCAAUAAACUACAUUAGCUGACACCUACCCCAACCCUAAAGCUAACCUUACAAUAAUAACAAAAUCGUAAUUAACUGUUCUCAGCGUGACAAAAAUGAUGCGGUAUUGAGCUUGUAAUAGACGUCACGCAGUGUUGAAUGUUGCGCCAUCUUGGGGGGAUGGCUGCUAGUGCGUUCAAUGCAGUGUUUUGUUUUUCUUGUUUGAUUAGGAAAUAUAUCUAUGGUAGGUCGGUCUUGCUUGCAAUUUUGUCCGACAUACUAACCAUAGAGUUUAACCGGCUGCGUGCUAUGAGUUUUAAAAAGUCCUUCGCGAUUGUUGCUGGCCGUCAAAUUGUACGCACAUGAUCCAGGCUAAAGGUUAUGUCACUGUGGAAUCUUAGUUGUUAUAAUGUACAACAAUAAAGACUUAUUUAUUAAAACAGACUCAUACAAGAAGACUUGUCCGGAGUUUCACCUCAUAGACUGUCAUAGGAUUAGCGCUGAAGGACUGCAUAUCAUCAACACGUACUUUAUUCCGAGUCACUUUCACAUCCUUUUGACUGAAAGUACACAUCAUUUAAAAAUAAACGGGUCAAGGUGUUUGGAAAAACAACCUACACAUAUCACAGAUAUGUAAAGUGAAACAGUACCGUGAAAAGUAAUGUGAAAGGUUUCAUAGUUUAAAUGCAAACAUGUUUAUGCUCAUUAAUGAAAAUAAAUAAAAAUAUUUUGUUAAGCAGUGUUGUCUUUUAGUUAGUUGUUGCCUUAAUCGGAUGCCACAGAAUUUAGGGGUGCCAUAGCAUGUGUUGGUAUUUAGUGAAACUUGCUUCAAAUGCAGCUGUCUCUACCCAUUCAGACAGACUGACACUUUGGAACUAUAUAUGGUUUCAUCGGGUGCAUGUGUGUCGUAACUCUUUCAACUGCUCUGGCAUGAACCUGUGGCUGGAUUUCCCGCUCAUUUUCAAAUGUCACACACAACAACUAUGUCAUCUAUGUCUCACAGCUCCAUAUGAGAAAAGAGCAGCAAUGUAGUCUCACAAUAUGUGGAUAUUCUGGAUCCUUCACACAUCAACUGUUCUACCUCUCAUCAUGAACAUUGUUCUCUGUAUGGCAACUUGUUAUAAUGGUGAAUAUGAAAUUAAUGGACAGUGCUGUCCAAUGUGUGAUCCAGGACAGCGAGUCCUUCAACACUGUGAUGAAUUCACAAGCAUAACAUGUGUAUCAUGUUCUGAAAUUACCUACACUGAUUCAUCUAACGGAUUAACAGAGUGUUUGCCAUGUGCUGUCUGUGAUUCAAGUAAUGGUCUGAGAGUAAAGCGAGCAUGUACAGUGAUAUCAGAUACAGUGUGUGAGCCUCUGCCAGGUCAUUACUGUAUUGAGUUUAAGAGGAAAUACUGUUCAAAGGCCAGAAAACAUUCCCCAUGCUCAUCUGGACAGUAUAUCAACCAGACAGGAACAGGAUUUCAAGACACAGUGUGUGCAGAGUGCCCUGCGGGUUCAUAUUCAAACGGUACACUCUGCAAAUUACAUACAAACUGCGAAUCUCUUGGGAAAAUAACAGUCAAGCCAGGAACAGAAACAGAUGAUGCUGAGUGCAAUGAUGGACACUCUCAUGUAUGGCCUCUGAUUGCUGCUUUGUGUGGACUGUGUGUGAUUGCUGGGAUUAUUGUGGUUGUUGUACUUAAAUUAGGGCUGUCAAAAUUAACGCGUUAAUAACGCGUUAACGCAAAUUCCUUUUAACGGAGCUAUCCUCCACCGAGCUAUCACAGUUGCGAAAAUGUAAACAUGCUUGUGUAAGUAAAUAGCUUAGUGCAAAGAAAGAAGUAAUGGGAACCUGGGUUUUUCCUGGGUUUUUUUCAUGUGUUUAAUAGACAUGUACAAGUUCUUUGAAAAACAUCUAUGACCUUUGAAACAUGUCUAGUCUUCAUGCUCUAUGUUGAGUAUGGUUUCACUAAUAAUAAACAAUAUACAUUUGCAUAAAGCAUCAAUAUUUGUCCAUGCCCAUGUUGGUUAGAGUAUUAAAAACUUGAAAAGUAUUUAUUUAAGGUACAUUCAUAACGGAUAAAAUGUGCGAUUAAGUUGCGAUUAUUCACGAGUUAACUCGUGCCAUGCAACCAUGCAAUUAAUCGCGAUUAAAUAUUUUAAUCGAUUGACAGCCCUAACUUAAAUAUUUAAGGCGUUUAAGGUGAAGAGUGGGAAGAACUUUAAAAAAGCUGAUAAGCUUACUAUUUUUAUCAAAUGUAAAAAAAUACGAAUAAAUCAGCGAGUAAGUGUCCGGUGUAAAAAAAAGUGUAACUUUUGACCGGUAGUGUAUGAUCUAGUAAGGAUGCAUGCAGUCAACCUUGUCCUCCAUCUGGCCAAGCUGUGCUCCCUCUACUUUCCUCCUUGAAACUUUAGUUGAGCUCAUGGGAAUAUUCUUGCUUAUGAUCAUGGGGACAGAAACAUCAUGAGUUGUGUUAAGAUCGGAGGCACUGUAGCAGGCCAUCCACUCACAAAAAUAAAGUUUUUAUAUAUUUAAGGUAGGAAAUUUGCCAAAUAUCUUCAUGGAACAUGAUCUUUACUUAAAAUCCUAAUGAUUUUUGGCAUAAAAGAAAAAUAGAUCGUUUUGACCCAUACAAUGUAUUUUUGGCUUUUACUAAAAAUGUUUCUGUGCUACUUAAGACUGGUUUUGUGAUCCAGGGUCACAUAUGCAUUGUGCUUGUGCAGUCAUCCAUAUCUUUGUUAGUGCGUACUCUUUUCUGUGUUGCUAAAAUUUCAUUGUAUGCAGCUGUGACAUGACAAUAACAAUAUUCUAUUAUCAAAAUGUGAUACAUUAAUGUAAGCUUGUAUAUAAUAACUGUUACGGAGAAAUUGUCAGGUAAAAUACAAAUACAAAAACUAUUAUAUAUGUCAAACAAAUGCUUUUGAUUUAAAUAAGGUUUUAUAUUGUAAAGUAAAAUAUUUAAAAUGAUUAAAAUUAAUGGUCUAUAAGAAAUUCUCACAAUACACAGUAAAAAUGCUCUACUAUUUCAAAAGAUGUUCCUGUUCUUCUCAUGUUGUCCCUCUUAACCAUGUCUCAUAUUUCUUGUGGUUAACAGUACGACUUUGUCUGUGAUCCUUGGAAAACUACACAAAAUUAAAACAAUAAAUUGAAGCUUAAGGUCAACAGCUAUCAUUUGGUGUGUCCUGCUCCUAAACUUUGUGGCUUCUCUGACUUCAUCAUAAUUUUGAAACAUGCUGUCCCCUCGCUGAUCUCCUCUGUCAUCUGAUUCGGACUGGGAGUUGAGAAAAUACAUACAGUAUUAAUGAUUUGAAAAUCACACUAGUAACAUAAGAAUGGGAGGUGAGGACGUGAACAUUUACUAAAAAACAUCAAAAUUUGAAUUACUGUCAUCAACUUGAGGUAAAUUAUGUAACACAACAAAUUAACGGCGAACUUUAUGUAAGCAGCGAGUACAAAUAUUCAUCUUCUCCUCUGUCAUGUUCACAGCUCUAGGUAGCGAUGAAUGGCUUCCGGUGGGGAAGCGGAUGUUUUCUUGCAGCCUGAGUGUAAACGCGGAAGUGACCGUGCAUUGACCCUUGCUGCGUCUGAAAUCUCCUACUCCAUACUAUAUAGUAGGCGAAAAUGAGUAUGAGUCAUGAAUAGUAUGUCCGAAAUCUUAGUAUGCAAAAAAACAGUACGUGAGAAAUACCCGGAUGGUCUACUACUUCUGCCGAGAUUCGUGAGUGUGGAGCAGAUGGACACUUCUCUAUCCCAUGAUGACGUUCCAUUUCGAAGGGCUCGAUGCCCUAAGCCCUUUGAAUGGUUUACCCUCCGGAGUGAGAGCUUUGAAGGGUUAAAGGGUGUAGGGGACCAAACAACUGUUUCUUGAAGUGCCCUUCUGCGUCAUCAUCCCGCACCCAUAAGGAGGCGGUGUCACCACGCAAAGAAUCUGCACAAGGAAUCAUGGGAGCCCGAAAUGACCAUCAGUUGUACCCUUCGAAAUCCUUCAUUCUGAAGGGCCCUUUGAAGUGGCCAGUUAUGAGCACUUCGGUUUGGAACAACCCUUCAGUAUGGCGGCCAUGAUUGUUGUCACUCCCAAGGGCCCUUCGGAGGGCGAUAUAUCCCAGUUGGAACGCAGGGUAUAACGGCUGAUAUUAACCACAGCGAGUAGGAGUUUAGUGGCGCUCCACUGCAAUUAUAAAUGAUAUAACGGAUGCGUCACUAAAUUAACAAAUGUAAGUAUACAGUUGUAGCGAGGAAGGCGGGACCAGAGCCGUGGGGCAGGAAGGCGGGGCCGGUGGCGUGAGUGAUAAUGAGUAUCAGCUGUACGCGCACCGGUCCCGCAUGCCUCACGGGGAGCUAGGGAGCAUAAGAGGACGAGCGACGGGACUGCCGACGAGAGAGGACCGGGCCCGGAAAUGUUAAGUUUAAUUUAUGUUUGUGUGGCCAGCACUCGACCGUGAGGUGGCUGCCGGCCUUUUACUUCCGUGUUUUUGUUUGUUUAUUUUUGAUUAAAGUUUAUUGUUUAAAUGUUAAAAAACAUCAAAAUCUCGGUAUCUACUAUAAACAGCUAAAACAGUAAAUUUUCAUUUUUACAAGCAAAAAUGUGUGAAUAAGCAUUUUCGGUCACAUGACUUCUAUUGUAGUUAAUGCAUACUAUUUUAAUAUAUUCCCCGUUAUUAUAAAUAUCAUAACUUUAGCAAUCCUCAACUGAUUUUCACAAUUCAGGUGUCGUCAUAAAGGGAAUUUUCAGCUCUGUCUAGUCAUGUGAUCUAUUUUGAGUUUAGGGGUGUUUGGAAAUUUUGUCAUCAUGCCUACUAUUAGGGCAGGUAUAAUUUUGUAUUUUUAUGCUUAUUUUCUGCGCUCUCUGAAUGCUGAUCUGUUUUCCUCUG